AUGGGUAUAUUUGAUAAAAUAAAAAGUAUAGAAAAAUUAAAUGAAACAGAAUUGAAAAAUCUUGGUACAAAUAGUGCCUCAUGGCAUGAUCAAUAUAAGGAAUCUAGUUAUAUUUACAUAGGUAACUUGGACACCCGAUUAACUGAGGGGGAUAUCGUGAUCGUAUUUUCACAAUUUGGAGAACCCAUAGAUGUUAAUUUGGUUCGAGACAAAGAAACAGGAAAAUCAAAAGGAUAUUGUUUCUUGGCAUAUGAAGACCAGAGAAGCACGAUAUUAGCUGUAGAUAAUUUCAAUGGAUUCAAACUUUUAGAUAAACCACUAGUAGUUGACCAUAUAUCAAAUUACAGGCUCCCACAAAAAUAUAUGAACAAUGAUGAAAUGGACAAAUACAAGCCAACCGGUGCAGAAGGCCAAGGUAUAGGAAUAUAUAAUGUAGUCGAAAGUGAAAUAAAAUUAUCAAAAGCUUUUGAAAAACUCAAUAGUAAUCACAAUAAAUAUAACCAACAAAAACUAAUGGAUGCAGACGAAUUAUGGUCAAUGAAUUUUGAAAAGUUAAUAAAAGGAGAUAAAGAUAAAAAAAAAGAUGACAAUGACUCAUAUUCUUCAGAUGGAAAUCAAAGCCAAAAAAGUGAACAUAAAAAAGUUAAAAGAUCGUCAAAAACACAUAGGAGUAAAAAAGAAUACGACACUAAAGGGUAUGAUGAAAAUGGUCGAGAAAGAAAAAGGGAUAAAGAUAGAGAAAGAAAAAGGGACAAAGAUAGAGAUAGAAAAAGGGACAAAGAUAGAGAUAGAAAAAGAGAUAGAGAAGGAGAUAGAAAAAGAGGCAGAGAAGGAGAUAAAGAAAGAGAUAGAGAAAGAUAUAGAGAAAGAGAUAGAGAAAGAGAUAGAGAAGGAGAUAGAGAAAGAGAUAGAAAAAGAGAUAAAAAAAGAGAUAGAAAAAGAGAUAGUGGGACGGAUAGAGAAUAA